AUGUCUGGUUUUUUCAGGAGUAUCUUUGGUGGGAACGAUGGUGGAAACAAUGGAACUGUUGAUGCCUUUAACAACAGCUGUGGCCGUCAAGAUUUCGAUGAGGCUGAUUUCAAAACUGGUGCACAAGUUACCAAUGGAGGUUACACUACCCACCGUAACAACGGAACUAAAAAUGCAUUCAACAACUCAUUUGGUGGAACUCAGAAAUUUGGAAAGGCCAAGUUCGACACUGGAGCCAGGAUUGGAAAUUAA